UAGUGCAGAUACUCCAGUUUUUAUAGUGAUUACGAAGAUCAUACAAGAUGAAGUGCAUCAUCAGCUGCAUACUCCUGUGCAUGUUUGCUACAGCAUGUCUGACCUCGUGUCCAUCGAAAUGUGGACUUCCAUCGUGCCAACAGUGUGCAACGGUUCAUGAAAAAAUAACUUAUCUAGACCAUUACGUGGUAGAGGAAGCACCGAAGCAUCCGUAUUGCGGUGUCCCAACGUGUAACAAAUGUGUCAAGACAGUUACUUGCAAGCCGAAGUGUGCAGAAGUUCCCGAAUAUCAAAAUGUGUAUACGUUUGAAGAGGAUCUUUGUCCCGAAGGAUAUUACUGGAAUGGGUAUUUCUGUGCUGUGGGAUGCAAGUGUAAAACUCAUAAGCCCUCUUACUACUGAAAAAGUAACUAAAAAAAUAUACAUUUAUAUCGAAAAUAAAUAUGAUUUUUUCCGUAACUGUCGACGAAAAAAAUAAGUGAGUCAUCUAUAAUUUGCUUUAACCAAUUUGGGAUAUUUCCAUGAUACCAACGGUAUUCAACUGGUAAAUUAAUGUAGUCUAGCAUAACUUAUUCGUUCUUCUGUGCAUGCGUAAAUUAAACUCAUUUUUGCAUUGAUUGUUUUUGUUGUUUAUUUUAAAAGUUUUGCGAGUUUUAUUUUCAGGAUUAGAACGAAGCUGGUUUGCAUUGUCAUUGCUCACAGAAACAAUCCACGCAACUUUGAUGAAAAAAAAACUAUUUUCUAACCUCUAGACUGGGACAGGACGUGAUGGGUCGGGACGGAACGGGAUGGGACGAGUCGAGACGGGAAGAAUCGGAACGGGACGAGUCGGAACGUUAACAAUUGAAUGUCAGUGCUUUAGAUUGUGCGUCUGCUACUAGGACCAGGAUGAAGAAGUAUCUGAGUGGCUAAUGAAUAGUUGUUGCAUCCUUUUAUACUACAAGCUCUAUGUUCGAUCUUUAGUCACAUGCGCCGGAGUUGUAAUAAAAUAAUACAAACAAACAUGUGCAGACGUUUGCGAUCC